UCAGGUAAAUAAAAAAGUCUUAUUUCAUUUUCUAAAUGCACAAGCUACACGUACUUACAUUAUAGCGUUGUAAGAGUCAUUUAUAUCUUAUCUUACCUCCUUGAAUAGCUCUAGAAUCGACCAAACUUUAUAUUGUAAAGUCAAUAAUAUGAGAUGGAAAUUUUCGUGAGGAAUUUCGACACUCGGUAAAAUUUCUUUCCAACCAAACAACAAACAAAUGAAAACAUUGAAAAGGUCCUUUAGAAUAAGUCUAGCAAAGCGCGGGAAAACAGAUAACGACGCGCGAGUUUCUUCCCACACCUCCACGCGCAACGCGUUAUAAAAUGAGAGUAGGUCUUGGGUACUAUAUAGUAUGUCUUUUACUUUCGUCAAAACCAGGUUAUUUGAUGAAGUUAAAGUGUCUUCUUUCUGUUGCAGGCGUAACGACUCUUCAUUCUCGGAACUUUUAUUCCUAUCUCCUGGACUGGUGAUUUAAAAACUGAGGCUGAGGAGAAAAGUGUUCAUACGCAAACAGUUUUCAUGCCUCAUCGUCGUCUUUGUUGUUGUUGUGUGUGUUUUUUUUAGCAGCAAUUCACAGUGUUACCGCUCUCAUUAUAUUUCGUUGUUAUAGGGUUCCUUAAUAUUUUUGUCAUGUUACACACUGAGGUACUGAUCGCUAAACACGGUGACUAAUCAUAAUAUCGUAAAACAAUGCCACAACGUUAAACGACCCCGUCAUGUAUGUUUUUCUAGUUAUGAUGACGGACUUUAUUUCUGUAAAGGAGUUGUAAAUAUAAAAUGAUUUGGUCGUUAGGAGAAGGUAUGAAAAUUUACUGCUUUAAAGACAACACUUCCCAUUAGUACGUGUACGGCAUCUAAGUAGAGUGGGAUUUCGGGUGCCAUGAAGAGAGGAUGUAAGCAAGAAUGUUGGAAAAUAGUUGAUGUCUAAUAGCAAAUAUCAUAAUGGCUCUACUUAUUGUAAAAUCCUCAAACAUUCCGCUUCAUUCUCGUUGAAUGGAAAAAUGGUGACUUAUAGUAGGCUUGAUUUCCGACGCUUUGUAAUCAGAUUCCUCUCAGAGAAACCUAGGCAAGGCAGGUGAUGUAUGGGGAGCUAUGAAGGAGACUAUAUGGUGUGGUCUAUCUUACAAUAUAUUUUUGACACACCAAACGUCCACAUACACCACGUAACUCGUGCCGAGAAGAAGAAAGCUUGUAGGGAGGAGCGCGGACUCAUAGCUUGCGAAUACAGCCCUCUCUCCUCGCAGCAGGCUAGCGGACUCCUUCAUUUCUGAACAGUGGCUGGUAAUCGGGCCUUUUCCUGGCUUUAAAGUAGUUUUCUGGGUUUUGGCCAUUUUCUAUCGUUUAAAAAAGGUGAACACACGCAGUAUGUUUCUUUUUUAGUUGUUUUCACUUUCAAAACUUCGUGACAGUUUUAGGUAAGUCUGGUUUAAAAAUGAAGGCUGCAAUCGCUGGAAAAAAUCCAGCUAUUUGAACGAUCACAACGCCGAUCAUAUGAGUGCCACUGUGAAGUUAACAUAUUGUAAAUGAACCGUUGUAAAUCUCUUAAUCAUGUAAUGAUUAGGUCUCGUAUGACCUUACAUCAAAUAUUUAAACAUAUGUUGUAUUUCAAGUAUAAACUGCAAAUGAAAAUACUACAUCAACACAUAACUUAUUUAACAUAUCUACAAAAUUGUAAGUAAUGUAUGUAAAAGACAGUUAAUUAUUUGUGCAGACAGGCAAAAAACACUUUGAUGGAACGUGUUCAAACACAUUUAGUUCCUUUAGCGGAAUCAUCAGGAUCCGCGCAUCAUCGAAUACAGUAAGAACCCGCAUAUAACAACUUAGAACCUACCGGGUGGAAUUUGGCAUUUAAAUACCCAAGAAUAUAAGAACCUGUUCAGCCUUGCAAAGAAAAAUAGGUUCUUAUACAAAACAGUCACUCCAAUUUUGAUGGUCAAAAUUCUCCAUUUUAAUUGUGUGAGAAACUUUUGACCAAAGGCUUUGUGUAUAUGAUUUCUUUGAUUUACAUUUUUUUUGGAUUUUCACGAGAGAGAUGUUUUCUAUAAAGCUACCGUGUAACGUAGACGAUUUAAUUAACAUCUUCAAAUCUUAUUUAAAAAAUAUAGAAAUGUAUUGAUGUUCUUUUUGGACCUUGAAUGUUUGCCAUUAUGUAUUAAUGGUACCGGCAAUAUUUCUGCCAAUGGUUACACUAUGACAACCCCUGAAAAAUAAGAACCUUUUAAGAACCAAUCGUAAUCAGCCUGAAUUGGGGAAAACCACCCUAAAAUAUACGAACCUGUUCAGCCUGAUCUCGAAAAUUCUAGGUUUUUAUAUCUGGGUUUUUACUGUAUUUGUAAGACACUUCACAAGAUAAAAAGCAAAAG